CCAGGAUACCAAUAUGGUCUACGACGGCUACCUCAUCCGCCACGCGGGCAAGAAGGCGCACGUGUGCUUCUUCCGCCUCGAAGAGGGCUACCUCAAGUACUACGCCAACGACAAGCUCAUCGGCGACCUGCGCCUCUCCGGUUGCCGCGUCAGCGUCAAAGCGCACCGCCGCGACGACCACGUGCCCAACACGUUUCGCGUUGAGACGCAGCGCGUGCUCGUCAACGACCGUACGUACACGCUGGCGCCGCCCGAGAUGCUCGAGCUCACGGCCGCGACGCCGGAAGCGCGGUCGCUUUGGGGCCGCGCGAUCCUCACGUGGCAGCGCCGGUACUUUGCCGACCCGGCCUCGCUCUCGCCAUCCGAGCACGAAGCGACGCGGUUGACGCUCGAAGCCAUCGUCAAGACGAGUUUGAAACCGCUCGGAUCGCCGUCGCGGUACUACAUCACGCUGCCGUCACGAAGCCUGCGCAAGUCGCUCACGUCGACGAUCUUUCACCUCCCGCUCUCGACGCGGUCGCCCACCCCCGUGCUCUCGUUCACGCUGCCGACCCACGCGCCCGUGACAAUUGCAUCCUAAACCGCGCCGAGCUUGUAUUUAUAUCAGUUGUACGAAUAUUUCACGUGUCGAAAUGCU